AUGUCAAGAAACAAUUCAUACCACCAGAUGAAUUGUAGUGCAAACGCAUCUGCUGUGUACGUUUUCAUGCCUAUUGAUUCCACCGUAAAGUCCAUCAUCUGUUCAAUUCUCGCCAGUAUUGGCAUCAUGGGUUUCCUGGGCAACAGCCUUAUUUUCUACUUUCUUUGGAAAAAGCCAAUCAAAAAGCGAAGCCUGAUCCAAAAGAGCCCAUUCGUGAGAAAUUUCAAUCUCUACGUGAGAAGUUUAUCACUCUCAGACAUAUUAGCCAGUGCAAUAUCUAUUCCACUAGUAUGCAUCCAAAUCUUAUUCGAUGUAUUUCAAAACGGCUGGGCAUGUAAAAUAGUUCGGUAUUUAAAUUUCAUUUUCCCAUCCAUUACAAUCAACAAUCUGAUUGUUAUCAGCCUUGAAAAGUACUUGUCAACGCGCUCGAUUCCUCGUACUUUUACAACCAAAGCAGUUCGACGAAUGAUCAUUUGGGCAUGGGUGUUUGGAAUGGUCUUUAUGUUGCUAGCGGCCACCCCAUACGGUGGAAUAAGGCUGGAUCUUAACCAAACUCAUUAUACAACCAUCUGCUUCUACAAGUAUCAAUUUUACCCGUUCAGAAUGCCCCUGGUUGUCGUCGUGGUACAAUACAUUCUACCGGGAAGCUUUAUAACAUUCGUCAACUUCUGCCUCCUUAAAACGAUAUGGAUCAGAGGGAACCGUGCGAUGAUCAAAGGAUUGAACAAUGCUUUUAAGGCUAAGCUGAUAGCCACGAGAGUGAAGGGAAUGACUCUCCUUAUUCUCAUUACGUUUGCCUUCAUAGUCUGCUACUUCUUCUUCCUGGCCAAUUUGCUCUACAAUCAUAUAGCAAAACCAUACCGUGAUUUUCAAACUGAUUUCAUAUCACGCUAUGGCUUCGGUGGAAUCGUCUUUUUGAAC